UUUCUCAGCUGUCUGCCUGCCUGUGCCCUCAGGUGGUGGCGCUGGGGGACGUGCCGGAUGGAACGGUGGUGACGGUGAUGGCCGGCAACGACGAGAACUACUCUGCUGAGCUUCGCAAUGCCUCGGCUGUCAUGAAGAACCAGGUGGCGAGGUUCAACGACCUUCGCUUCGUGGGCCGCAGUGGGCGAGGUAAGAGUUUCACAUUGACCAUCACCGUGUUCACCAACCCCACCCAAGUGGCCACCUACCACCGAGCCAUCAAGGUGACUGUGGAUGGACCCCGGGAGCCCAGACGGCACCGGCAGAAACUGGAGGACCAGAAGGCGUUUCCCGACCGCUUCGGGGAGUUGGAACGGCUGCGCAUGCGCGUGACGCCCAGCACGCCCAGCCCCCGAGGCUCGCUCAGCACCACAAGCCACUUCAGCAGCCAGGCCCAGACCCCCAUCCAAGGCGCCUCGGACCUGAACCCUUUCUCCGACCCCCGCCAGUUUGACCGCUCAUUCCCGGCGCUGCCCACCCUCACAGAGAGCCGCUUCCCAGACCCCAGGAUGCAUUACCCGGGCGCCAUGUCGGCCGCCUUCCCCUACAGCGCCACGCCCUCGGGCACGGGCAUCAGCAGCCUCGGCAUGCCGGCCACCAGCCGCUUCCACCACACCUACCUCCCGCCCCCCUACCCCGGGACCCCGCAGAACCAGAGCGGGCCCUUCCAGGCCAACCCGUCCCCCUACCACCUCUACUACGGCGCGUCCUCCGGCUCCUACCAGUUCUCCAUGGUAGCGGGCAGCAGCAGCGGGGGUGACCGCUCGCCCACCCGCAUGCUGGCCUCCUGCACCAGCAGCGCCGCCUCUGUGGCCGCCGGCAACCUCAUGAACCCCAGCCUGGGCGGCCAGAGCGACGGCGUGGAGGCCGACGGCAGCCACAGCAACUCGCCCACCGCGCUGAGCACGCCGGGCCGCAUGGACGAGGCCGUGUGGCGGCCCUACUGACCGCCCGGUGGGAGCAGACGGCUCCCGGCGGCGGCAGGGACCCCAAGGACCUUCCCGGCAAGUGGCUGGCCCGGCUCUGAGGCCCAGGGCAGGAGUGGGACUUAGGCUCCAGGGCUUCCGUAGGCCCAGGCCAGGGUCCACAGCCCAGAUCGGUGGGCAGUUCUGGAUAUCCAGUGUGGCCAGCCGUGUCUCUCUACAGAGGGGCCGAGACCGCCCCCAGGACACCAGGCCCAGCUACAUCCUAGUCAUCUCAUCCCACAUUCCUGAGGGAACGUUCCUCCCCCCGCCCCCCGGAAUGACCUGGCUGAUCCCCUGUGCCCGCUGCCUUCCCGGACCAGCCUCGGCACAGAGACCCCCUCUCCUGGGGAGAGAGGCCUCGCCCACGGGGCUUGGUGUCUUGCCCAGGGGCCCUAGGGAGACCCCCCCCACCUUUCUCAGACCUGCACCCCAUGGACCCAGCCCUCCCUCUGCAUUUACACAAAUCGAGUCAGAACUGGAAGGGCCCCCGGCCCUGAGAGCUGUGCCCUUUGGCGAUGGGAUAGAACCAUCCAGAGGACCCAGGAAGUCAGACGCAGAGAUGGGAUGCGAAUGCCCCCCGCCAGUCCCAGAUCUGCUUCCCCCCAAGUCCUAACAGUCAGAAGCCCAUCCCGUCCCAGCAGUCUGGGGGCCCCAGGCCUCAGAGGAGAGUAGCCUGCGGCCCCAGGCCCCUCCGGUCAGGGGCAGCCUGCAGGUGGGUUCUCCAUGCACUUUACCAGCCCAAGGCAUUCACCCUCUGAUCUCUUAGUGGGGGGCUGGGGACCCCCCUUCUCUGAGGCUGGUCUCAAGUUUGCCGUUGUUGGAGAGUGCGGGGACCGGCUAGGCCCCCCGCAGUGGCAGGAGCACCCCGUGCCCCCCCUCCCCCCGUCUAAGCCAGUCUGCGCCCCAGCGCAGCCCUGAACAGAAUUCAGUUUUAAAGCUGAUCGUAGGAAAAGAAGCGUCAGUCAAACAUCGCAAACACGUGACCUCUGACAGUGAAGCCCCGUAGUGGCCGCGACCCAGCCCCAGCCCAGACGCCUCUAGAGCGCGCCCUUCCGCAGCGUCCAGCCAGCAACAGCCGCCGACCCUGCCGGGCGUCAGCACAUCACACCCGUGCGGGGGGUGUCCUGGCGUGGGCCCCACCGGCCCGCCCCGGGCUCCGAGCCGCAGGGCGCCCCUUGGUUUCAGGGGGAAAGGCAGGCCUUGUCCAGGCGUCAGGCUGCAUAUGGAUUCUCGGUUGGGUUCUUUAGUCCCAGAAAGGCUUAUGUGGGGAAGGACGAGCUCGCCCUGGCCAGUGCCAGGCAGCGUGUGGUUUCAGGAUUCAGACUGUCCUCCGUGGGUGUGGCCGUCGCCCCUGCGAAAGGCCCCGUGGCUGGCCCUGUAGUAACACCUGACCCCUGCACCCCCAGCCCAACCUGGAACAAGGGCGCGGGGCACUUGGGGACUCAGGGAGUCCUUCUGAUGGUCUUACGCGAACCCCUCCUGCUGCAGCUCCUCUUGUCUGGCCCUCACUGGAAAAAGCAGUCUCCAUCUCUCCCAUAUAGCUGCCGGGGGUGUCCUGCUGGCUGCCCGCACCCAGGAAGCGCUCCCCCCUUCUCAGGAAGCGGCUAGUACCCGUUGCCCGGCUGCCUUCGCUCCCCCUCUCCGGUUGCAGACUGGCCCCAGGCUCCCAUGGGUUCCAGUGCCCAGCACUUUGUAGCCCCGCCCAGAUCACUGCCCCUUGCUGACCGCCAAGCCCUGGUGGGGGUAGGGGCAGGAAACAAGCCACCCACCCUCCUUCCACCCCCGACUGAAAGUGGUGGCAACCUGCUCGCUCUGGCCGAAGGUCCGUGGUGGGUGCAGACGGCUGGGAGACAGAGGCCCUUCCUGACAAGACUGUUUUGAAACUGUCCCGGGCAAGCGCCCCGCCUUAGAAAGCACAAGGAAGCGGAGGGGCCUGGUCUCCCUGGAAACCUGUUGGUUGUGGGUGCGGAGCCUUUGUGACAUAUUGUCAUGCCGCUGUGUUCAUGGUACCUGCCACACUCGACUCUUCCAGCCCGGAACUGGGGAGAGGGUGGGAGGGGUGGAAUUGCUUUGCACUAUAAUUUGCUUGGUGUGUUUGUUUUUAAUGCACAACUUGCUUGUACAGUAAACUGUCUGUCUUCUGUACUAUUUAACUGUAAGAUGGAAUUUUGACUGAUUUGUUACAAUAAUAUAACAGAUG